AUGCAGAUCCUCCGGAACUCACUCGCACUUCUCGUCGUCCUUCUGGCGAUUUUGUCCAUCUGCGAAUCGCGACGAAGCGCUUAUCGCUUGCCAAAACUCCAGGGACGAAGUGCCUCCGGCAGUCCUUCGCCCCAGGACGUGGGAUCUGGUCGGGAUUUAAUGAAGAAGUUCAUGCUGAUGCGGGGACUCUUCCAGCAGCCGCCUAGUGACAAUGUGAUCGUUAUCACGCAGCCAUCGAGCACAACAACCACGACCACGCCCACUGGCUCGCCCACGACAACCACCUACACAACGACCACAACCACACCCACGUCCAACAGUACGGGUCGAUCCCUGCUGGAGAGUAUGCAUCUCGAGGAUCCGCAGGAUGAGGAUGAGGAUGAGGAUGAGGAUGAGGCCCAGGAUACUCUAGUGACCACAAUGACUGGCAGGGCGCUCGAGGAUCGUCUGGAUCUCCCGGAUGCCGAGGAGGAGCCGCAGGAUGUGGUGUCCCACAAGAAGCCACAAAAACCGUUGCAAUGGUCGCAGAAGUUCAAUCUAAAGAGCGCACGGUUAAACAGAAAAAAGAACUUGGUGAAGAAGACCCAUCGACGGGUCCACAAGCAUCCGCAGAAAAAGAAGAGACAACAAAAGAGGAAGCUGAACAAAAAACAGUCGGCGAAUCAUCAGCAACGCAACGCGGAACCAGCGGUCAACUUUAUCGAACCCUAUCACAACGAUCGAAGCCAAUCCCAAGCUGGUGGUCAGUCCACCUCCGAUUCUCGAUUGCAGCGCAUCUGGCGGCGCUUCCAAAUCGCCAACUAG